CACGCUUUAGACUACUCAUGGCAUCCAAAGAGGAAAAGGCCAACGCCGCCCUAUCAACUUCGUCACCAAGUACCAACUUGAGCGUCACAAACUUCUCCAUAGAUACAAUCUUGGGAUCUGGGAAGAGCCACCAAGAAACUUUGAAAUCCACAGAAGUUAAUGACUUUAGAGAAGAUGAUUCAGAGCUUCUUUCCUCGCCUGAACCACCUUCUCCAUCUGUUCAUUCCAGACCCCAUCCAGUCUUCCCCAGAUGCUUAAGACCAACCCCUGUCACCCUGUCUACUCUCUACCACCAUGGGGUAUCACCCGUGCCACCCCCGGCACAACUUCACGUUAGCUACAUCUCCAACUGUCUUGGACUCCCAGUAGACAGACAAGAUUCUCCUACAAUUUCUUCUCCCACCAGCUACUACGGAAACCCUACAGUUAACAACCCUCCAGGACUAGGCUACUGGCUGAGCCGUUCACCUUUUCUCACACUCACAGCCCCGAAGCCGACGGGACGACGACCGAGAAAGCCGGGAGUAGAGAGGAAACCCCGGCAAGCCUACAGUGCCAAACAGUUGGAAAGACUGGAGUCAGAGUUCAAGGCUGAUAAAUAUCUGAGUGUCAGUAAGCGCAUGGAGCUAUCAGCAGCUUUGAAUUUAACUGAGGUACAAAUUAAAACCUGGUUUCAGAAUCGGAGAACAAAGUGGAAAAAACAAAUGACAGCGCGGAUGAAGAUAGCCCAACGACAAGGUAUUUGGCCUGCGCACUAUUUGACCACAAGUCAUGCCUUCAGCCCCUUUUUGGGUCCCCCCUACAUAUCUCCAGGUCUGGGACCUCUUCAGACUCCGCCCUCGGGGAUGCAGGACCCAGAGGAUCCAUCCUCGGCUCUCAGUCUCAUUUGUGGAACCGCCAGGCAUACCAACAACUCAUCAAUAAUCGAACAUCUAGAUGAAAAGAAUUAG